AUGGCCACGGUUCUUUGCUCUACGCCCAUAAGCGGGACCCACUCUCCCGACCGUGCCGCCGCCUCGCUGCAGAGCCCGACGCGGCUAAGCCGGCUGCAGGAGAAGGAGGAGCUGCAGCAGCUCAACGACCGCCUGGCCGCCUACAUCGAGCGGGUGCGGGCGUUGGAGACCGACAACUCGGUGCUGCAGCAGCGGGUGGCCGAGCAGGAGGAGGGUAUCGACCGGGAGCUGAGCACUCUGCGUCUUCGCUAUGAGGCAGAACUGGCCGACGCCCGCCGGGCGCUGGACGACAUCGCCAUGGAGCGGGCCACGCUGCAGGUGGAGCUGGGCAAGAUGGGCGAGGAGCACCGGCAGUUGCACAGUAGGAAUUCAAAGAAAGAAGCUGAUUUAAACCUGGCACAGGCUCGUAUGAGGGACCUUAAUGCUCAGCUGAACGCGAAGGAAGCUGACUUAGCAACGGCUUUGAGUGAAAACCGCAGUUUAGAGAAUGACCUUCACGAGUUAAAGGAUCAAGUAGCCACUCUGGAGCUGUCAUUACAAGAUACCAAAAAGCAUCUCCACAGUGAAAUGUUGAGGAGGGUGGAUCUGGAAAAUCACAUGAAAACUCUGCAGGAACAAAUGCAAUUCCAGAAGCACCUUCAUGAAGAUGAGCUCAAGGAGACAAAAAGAAUCUAUGAGAGCAGGCUAGCAGAAAUAGAAUCCGGCCGUAAGAGAGAAUUUGAGAGUAAGCUCUCAGAUGCUCUGCAGGGGCUCAGAAAACAACAUGAAGAGCAAAUUCAAGAAUACAAAGAGGAACUGGAGCGAACAUUCAAUGCAAAAGUGGAGAAUAUCCAGCAAUCUGCAGCAAAAAAUAGUGACUUUGCCAAUGCUGCUCAGGAGGAGCUGAUGGAAACAAAGCUGAGAGCUGAUACUCUGACAUCUCAAGUUCAUCAAUAUCAAAGCCAGAAUGCUGCUUUGGAGAACAGAAUAAGGGAGCUACAAGAGAUGCUGGAUUAUGAUCGUGAUCUCAAUAGGAGACGUUUGGCUGAAAAAGAGAAAGAAAUCAUGCAAGUCCAGCAGCAGGCACAAACACAGUUGGAAGAAUAUGAGAAUCUUUUAGAUGUGAAACUAGCUCUAGAUCUGGAAAUAAGUGCCUACAGAAAGAUGCUGGAAGGAGAGGAACAGAGGUUAAAGCUGUCACCCAGUCUGUCUUCACACAGCAUUGCAACUCCAGCAACAAGUCAAGGGCGACAGCUCCCACAGGGGAAGAAAAGGAAAAUUAAAGCCAGAAAGAGAGCUCAUAGUACUGGAUUUAAGACUGUUCAGCAUGCUUCAUCUUCUGGAAAUAUAUCUAUUGAAGAAAUUGAUGCAGAUGGGAAAUUUGUUAGGCUUAAAAACAACUCUGAUGAGGAUCAGCUGCUACAUGGAUGGGUAUUAAGACGACAUCUUGAAACUGUGUCAGAUGCAACAUACAAAUUUCCUUCACUGUUCACUCUUCAGGCAGGACAAGUAGUUACAAUCUGGGGUGCAGCUGCUGGUGUAAGCCCUGGUCCUAGUGAUCUGGUCUGGAAGUCUCAGAAGUCUUGGGGAACUGGCGAUAAUAUUGGUGUUACACUCAUCACAGAUGAUGGUGAGGAGCUUGCAGAGAGGAAGAUAAUGCAGAUACCCAGAGAAGAAGGUGGUGAGCAAGAUGAUGAUUAUGAAGAAGUAACUGGAAGUGAAACAGAGUUUCCACCUCGGACCAAAAGAAGAAAGAAAAAGAAAUGUUGUUUGGUUUCAUGAUAGUGGUUCCUGUGAGCAUCUUUAAGCAGCAACUUUACAGUGCAGUUGAGUGCCAUUUAUGGUAAGAAUCAAUUCUAGUAUUUCUACUUAAAUCUUAAUGUUAUUCCUGUCUGCUGAAUCCCUGUCAAACUUUUGUCAUACAUCUUUUGCUGCAUUGGUAGAACUGAAAUAAUGGUGGCAUAAUAGAAAAUAGUUCAGUUCUUGCAUGCAAUAAAAUGAUGCAAAGAAAGCAUGCUGUGCUUUAAAGGAAGGCAAGGUUUCCAUGGGUUUUGCUUCUGCUUUUACCAUCCUAAGUAGAGUAGCAUGAACCUGCAUGCCAGUCAAGUUUUAAUGAGGCACUGAUAGUAGGCUUGAUGACCUUCCAUUAAAGAAGGCUUGGGCUCAUGUAUUGCAUGGACUCAAAUUCUUAAAAGCUUCUAUUUUCCCCCCAAAACAUCUAGUACAGUUCAGGUAUUGCCUCUCUUGAAAACCUGCUUUGCUUUAUUCAUAAGUAACUAAAUUUAUAAAAUGCUGCAGUUCCCCACAUUCCUGUAUGAGGAACAAGUAGGUAACUAGCAAUAAAUAUGUCUGCAUAUAUGCUAAUGAGCCUCAUGUCUUCAUUUUUUAUUUCUGCAGCAAAAUGAGGAUACCAGCUGUUCUGUCAUGUAAUAUGAACAAAGAUAAUCUGAAAACACUGUCAAUCCCAGGUGACACAGACAUGUUUUGGCAUCUUCUACAGUAUCUGAAACUUGGA